CUGAGCGGCGCAGGAGCUGCGGGAGAAGAGGAGGCUUCUGCUGCGCAGUUUUGGGUGAUAAUUUCAAGAUGGAGUCAACAUUAACUGCCAGUGAGAUCCGCCGGCGGUUUAUUGAUUUCUUCAAGAGAAACCAGCAUACCUAUGUCCAUUCAUCUGCCACAAUACCACUGGAUGAUCCCACUCUUCUUUUUGCCAAUGCAGGCAUGAACCAGUUCAAACCCAUCUUCCUCAACACAAUUGACCCCUCUCACCCGAUGGCCAAGUUGAGCAGAGCUGCCAACACUCAGAAGUGUAUCCGAGCUGGGGGCAAGCACAACGACCUGGAUGAUGUGGGGAAGGAUGUUUAUCACCACACCUUCUUUGAGAUGUUGGGUUCCUGGUCUUUUGGGGAUUAUUUUAAGGAGCUUGCCUGUAAGAUGGCCUUGGAGCUUCUUACCCAAGAGUUUGGCAUCCCUGUAGACAGGCUCUAUGUCACCUACUUCGGGGGAAAUGAAGCAGCUGGUUUAGAACCAGACUUAGAAUGCAAGCAGAUCUGGCAGAACUUGGGAUUGGAUGAUAGCAAGAUUCUUCCUGGAAACAUGAAGGAUAAUUUCUGGGAAAUGGGUGACACUGGCCCAUGUGGACCCUGCAGUGAGAUCCAUUAUGACCGGAUUGGUGGCCGGGAUGCCGCACACCUUGUCAAUCAGGAUGACCCAAAUGUGCUGGAGAUCUGGAAUCUUGUGUUUAUCCAAUUCAACAGGGAAGCUGAUGGCAGCCUGAAACCUCUUCCCAAGAAGAGCAUUGAUACAGGGAUGGGCCUGGAGCGUCUGGUGUCUGUGUUACAGAACAAGAUGUCCAACUAUGAUACGGACCUAUUCAUCCCUUACUUUGAAGCCAUUCAGAAGGGCACUGGUGCUCGGCAGUACACAGGUUGUGUUGGUACUGAUGAUGUGGAUGGGAUAGACAUGGCUUACCGUGUGCUGGCUGACCAUGCACGUACCAUCACAGUGGCCUUGGCUGAUGGGGGCAGACCAGACAAUACAGGCCGGGGGUAUGUUCUGAGGCGCAUUCUUCGGCGGGCAGUUAGAUACUCCCAUGAGAAGCUCAAUGCCAAAAGGGGUUUCUUUGCUACACUUGUGGAUGUGGUCGUCCAAUCGUUGGGUGAUGCCUUUCCUGAGCUAAAGAAGGACCCAGAAAUGGUGAAGGACAUCAUUAAUGAAGAAGAGGUACAGUUUCUGAAGACCCUGAGCAGAGGGCGACGCAUCCUGGACAGGAAGAUUCAAAGUCUGGGAGAUUGUAAAAUAAUACCAGGUGACACAGCCUGGCUACUCUAUGAUACCUACGGUUUUCCAGUGGAUCUCACUGGACUGAUUGCUGAGGAGAAGGGUCUAGUCGUGGAUAUGGAUGGCUUUGAGGAAGAGAGGAAGCUGGCUCAGCUAAAGUCCCAGGGCAAGGGAGCUGGUGGAGAAGACCACAUCAUGCUGGACAUUUAUGCCAUUGAAGAGCUUCGAAGCAGAGGCCUGGAGGUCACAGAUGAUUCACUCAAGUAUAAUUAUCAGUCUGACUCCAGUGGCACUUAUGAGUUUGAGAACCCAGUGGCCACCGUGAAGGCCCUGCGCAGGGAGAAGAUGUUUGUGGAUGAAGUGUCCACGGGCCAAGAGUGUGGCGUGGUGCUAGAUAAGACGUGCUUCUAUGCUGAGCAAGGAGGGCAGAUCUAUGACGAAGGCUACCUGGUGAAGGAGGAUGACAGUAGUGAGGACAAAACUGAGUUCACAGUCAAGGAUGCUCAGGUUCGAGGAGGAUAUGUGCUUCACAUAGGAACAGUCUAUGGGAGCCUGAGAGUGGGGGAUCGAGUCCGUCUGUUCAUUGAUGAGCCCCGACGAAGACCUGUCAUGAGCAACCACACUGCUACCCACAUCCUGAAUUUUGCCUUGCGCUCUGUGCUGGGGGAGGCAGACCAGAGGGGCUCCCUGGUGGCACCAGACCGACUCCGCUUUGAUUUCACUGCCAAGGGAGCCAUGUCCACCCAACAGCUCAGGGAAACAGAAAAGAUCGCUAAUGGGAUGAUAGAGGCAGCCAAGCCCGUGUAUGCCCAGGAUUGUCCCCUGGCGGCAGCCAAAGCCAUCCAAGGGCUGCGCGCUGUUUUCGAUGAAACCUAUCCUGACCCGGUGCGUGUAGUCUCCAUUGGGAUUCCCGUGACCAAGCUGUUAGACGAUCCUUCAGGCCCCGCGGGCUCCCUCACUUCAGUGGAAUUCUGUGGGGGAACGCACCUGCAGAAUUCAAGUCAUGCAGGAGCUCUGGUGAUCGUGAGCGAGGAAGCCAUCGCCAAGGGCAUCCGGAGGGUUGUGGCGGUCACUGGUGUCGAGGCACAGAAGGCCCUCAGGAAAGCGGACGGCCUGAAGAGCUCUUUGUCUGAGUUGGAAGCCAAAGUGAAGGCCCAGACAGCGCCGAACAAGGACAUCCAGAGGGAGAUUUCUGACUUUGGCGAGCUCCUCGCCACCUCGCUUGUUCCCCAGUGGCAGAAGGAUGAACUGAGAGAAAGUCUCAAAGCGCUAAAGAAGGUCAUGGAUGACCUCGACCGGGCCAACAAAGCUGACGUUCAGAAAAGGGUGCUCGAGAAGACCAGGCAGCUCAUCGAGAGCCACCCCAACCAGCCGCUGGUCAUCAUGGAGAUGGAGAGCGGCGCUUCGGCCAAGGCUCUGAACGAAGCCCUGAAGCUUUUCAAGACGCAUUCCCCAGAGACGUCCGCCAUGCUCUUCACCGUGGACAGCGAGGCCAACAAGAUCAUCUGCCUGUGCCAGGUCCCUCAGAAUGCGGCCAACAAGGGCCUGAAGGCCAGCGAGUGGGUGCAGCAGGUGUCGGGACUGAUGGACGGCAAAGGCGGCGGCAAAGACGUGUCGGCCCAGGCCACAGGCAAGAACGUGGGCUGCCUGCAGGAGGCCCUGAGCCUUGCCACAUCCUUCGCCCACCUUCGACUGGGAGACCUGAAGAACUGAGCCCUCCGGACACCUCGACCCCCACCCUGACGGGAUCCGGAGCAGAACCAGGAGCUCUGGGCCGUCCCAGGCUGAACUCACUCGGGCCUUAGGCCCUGCGUGGCAGCACGCCUGCCCGGGCUCCGUUGCUGCUGCUGUCCCUCCCUUGGCCCCGGCCUCUGCUGAGCCCCUUCCUGUGGGACUAAGAUUAAAGUACCCCUUGCGGUGCA